AUGAAACCGAAGCGCAGCUGCGAAGCCUGUCGACAGCGUCAUCGGAAAUGCAUCACACGGCCCCAGGCCACCACGUGCAACGGAUGCGACGAGCUGGGACGCGAGUGCACUCUAACUCCUCCCUUGCAAUUUCUCCCGUGGAAGGCCAAAGCCGCCGGCAAAGCCCGAGUCGACGCUGACCCCAGUAGCCCUUCGGCUCUGGCCGGCGGUACUGACCUUGCCCAGACGCCUCGGUCGCAGGGCCUCCCCUCCCCGCUCCAUGGCAAUGAGUCGCUCGGAUCCCCCGUCAGCCAAAGGCGCGAGAGCAUCGUGAUAUCCAACCCACAUCAACCUUCAACAUCCAGCUUGUUGUCGAAGCGUGAGGCGUUCCUCUUCCGAACAUGGGUGCAAAAGAUCUCAUUGAUUUCAGAUGCGACCGACGACGCGAGACAUUUUGCCAUCACGGUCUCGAGGCUGGCACUUGAGCACCCCGUAUUGCUAAAUGGCAUUCUGGGGCUAGCCAGCCGUUUCGACAGCCUCGCCACUGGUGGACCCGAAGCGGGAGAAGACCUGGAGAGUGCGUUCUAUCACGGCCGUUGCAUCGAACUGCUCAUCAAUCUCCUCAACAGGCCGGUGGAGACAUAUGACGAUGUACUGCUGGCGGCCGUCGUGCUGUCGCGGCUCUACGAGGAGAACGACACCCACACAGAUUCGCUCACGUACCAUCUCGCAGGUACAAGCACUCUCCUCGGCCACGAAGUCAUCACUCGCUUGGCUGCCGAGGGGGGGCUUGCAGAAGCCGCCUGUUGGGUCCAUCUUCGCCAAGCUCUAUACGUCGCCAUCGUGCACCGACAACACCCUCAGAUUCCCCUCCGCUUAUAUGAGAACCUCACCGCGUUCCGCAGGGCUGAUGAUACUUCCUUCGGGAAUAGAGCGGUCUAUCUCUUUGCUCGGAUCGUCCUACGAUACUUUCCGGAGCAGUGCACCGAGCAGAUCCUGCCGCAGCAGGAAGACACUUGGACUGUUUUAGAGGAGGAGCUCAGCACGUGGUUCCAGACAAAGCCAGUGUCCUUCGAGCCCAUCUACCACACCCCUCCAAGCGCUAGCACGGGCGAGCCAUUCCCAUGUAUAUGGAUGGCUUCAACAGCGGCAGCCGUGGCCUUGCAAUACUAUUACUCUGGCAUGAUUGUCAUCAAUCUUCACCGAUGUCAUAGCACUCCGACCACGGGGUUUGAAGCCACAAAAUCCCGGAGAACUAGUGAGAAAUGCAUCACCGCGCACUUGUGUGCGUUAAUGGGGCUCGCCUUGUCGAAUGAUCAGGCCAUGAAUGCUUGGUAUCUGCCAUGCCACAUGUUACAUCUAUGUGGCUACCUACUUCAGAACCCAAUAGAGCGGGCGCACACUGUCCAGUACCUGCAGACUGUGAACCGGCAGAUUCAGUGGAAGACCGCACCUGUAAUCGCCGCCCUCACUGAGCAGUGGGCCGAGCUGGACGGACAUGCAGCCGAGAUGGAGUAGGGACAGCUCUGAUGUAUGCCAGACAGCAACAUGUCCCACAAUAACGUGUCAGCCAUGGGGUUUCGAGCCAUAAAGAAGCAGUAGACCACGAGAUCAUGAGGAUUCAGGAUGUGCAGUGUCCGGUCCUCGUCAUCUGAUAAGCCCUUCGCGUGUUAUAUAUUACUUGGGAGGUUGGGAAAUUUUGAUUAUGUUAUACAGCGCCAGGUGUGUAAUCUUAAAUGUCCAAUGUUCGUAUUGACUCUUGUCUCAAGGCCUGUCCGUACUCCUCAGUCUAUGUCAGUUACUUGAGAAGGUGCAGGCUGAGUAUUACUCGAAUUAUUAGACUAUCCAGGACCUAUGAGAGGCUCCACCUGCGGUGAUUAAUUAACAUGGAUUCAGUGAACGUCGAAGACAAGCUUUGAUGAGAAUUCAGUACUAAAAAGCUCUGGUGGCCUACUUGAUUCCGGUGAAAUUGAC